AUGGAACAAACUUUAGAGAAUGCCAUAUCCGGCAGUCUUAGUCGGGUCCGACAGCAGGCUGGCCAAAUCUGUAUCGACACGCUGAGCCGCAACAAUGCGGCGUUGAUCAUGGCCCAGUCUGGGUCAAAGGGUUCGAAUAUCAACGUUUCACAAAUGGUUGCACUUGUCGGUCAACAGAUCAUUAAUGGACAGCGCGUCGCCGACGGAUUCCAAGAUCGCAGUCUCCCACACUUCCCCAAAAACACUAGGCAACCACCGGCCAAAGGGUUUGUCAGGAACAGCUUCUAUUCAGGUUUAACACCCACCGAGUUUGUGUUUCACGCCAUGUCCGGGAGGGAAGGACUAGUCGAUACCGCUGUUAAAACAGCGGAGACAGGCUACAUGUCGCGGCGUUUGAUGAAAUCUCUAGAGGACCUGUCAACUCAAUACGACAAUACUGUGCGAACCUCAGGUGGUAAUAUAGUCCAGUUUCAGUUCGGUGCUGAUAAGCUUGAUCCAGUCGAUAUGGAAGGCGCGGCAGUGCCCGUAAACUUCGAUCGAAUAUGGACACACUCCGAAAGCCUAACUAGGGACAAUUCAAGCUCGAUAGCCCCUGAUGAGAUUACUAGACUGUCCUCGUUGAUUCUUGGCGAAGAACGAAAACGUCGGAUCGAAAAGGCACACCUUUCCGAUAUUCUUGUCUCGAUUGAGGAUGAGUACAGACCUGAUACUGCCAGUGUCAUCCUCCACCUUGCCACGGAAGUUAUGGAAUCGAGGCAUUUGGGAAUGAGUACGGCAGAUAUCAUGACAGCGAUUUACAGCAACAAGAAGCUGAAAGUUGGGCCUGAGGACAUAUCAGUCACAAGGCCCAACUCCAUUCGAGUCAAAUUACGAUCUGAUGCUGGAACCUCAAAGCGAGCAACAAAAUCACGUUCAGCCGCUGGCGAUGACGUCGGUGAUCUGGUUCUCCGUGCUAAUUUCCUACGCCGUGCGCUGCCGACGAUAGCCAUUUCGGGAUAUCCCGAAACGUCCCGCACCAUCAUCGAAACAUCUCAGGAAGGUACCCAUACUAUCUUUGUAGAAGGAUAUGGGCUGCGAGCGUGCAUGACAACAGAAGGUGUUCUAGGCACAAGGACGCAGACUAACAACAUCAUGGAAUGUAAAGAUGUGCUUGGGAUCGAAGCGGCUCGGACAUCAAUCGCAACUGAGAUUGGCAAGGUGAUGAAAGGAAUGGACAUCGAUCCCCGACACAUGCAGCUGCUCGCAGACGUGAUGACCUAUAAAGGUGAACUUCUUAGCUGGAAUGGCGACGGAGAGGAUAACACCGCAGACGCCAAGCAUCUUCGCUUGGCUGUGGGUAAGCUGUACGCUUGGCUUCGGGAUGACUCUAACUGCCACCGCAACGUCAUUUUCGGGCGCUCAGGAAACACUGUUGUCGGCCUCUACGUAGAUGGCGAGGUGCAGAAGGCCAGCGCCGCUAAGAUCGUCCAGAGGUUCCUUGACGGAUCCGCCGCCGCCGCCGCCUCCUCUGCUAGAAGGGUGGGUGUGCAGGUCUAUAAAGAUAAGACGCCUAGCACCUGGUCGCUCGGAAUUUUCGCCGAUCUCCGUGGAAACGUUUCGUCCGUCCAGGGGGCCGUCAAGAGCCUGUAUGACGGAGAAUGCUGGCGCGGAGCCGACGCCGAGGACGAAUGGGAUGACGUCAAGCUUAGCAUCUUCAGGGCGGUUGAUUUGGAGCCCAAGAACGAGAUUAUGUCCGGCCUCGAGCAAGUUGGUGAACCUGUUGUGGCUAAGAGAUCCCUAAACGACGGAGCUAACGUCUUGGCUCCCCGCGCCGACAAAGUGCAGGAGCAGUUUGGCUUGAUGAAGGGUAUGAUAGGUAUCAAAAGGAUCCUGUCCUUUGGCGGCUGGACUUUCUCUACUGAGCAGCCCACCUACACCAUCUUCCGCGAGGGUGUGACGGAGGCCAACCGCGCCACUCUUAUCAAUAACGUCGUGUCCUUCAUCAACGAACACGGGCUGGACGGCGUGGACUUUGAUUGGGAGUACCCCGCUGCCCCCGAUCUGCCUAUAGACGAUCCUGGUAAGCUCGUCGAGGGAUUAGACUACCUUGACUUUGUCACCCAAGUGAAGGCCUGA